AUGAAUGAAGAAAUAGAUGAAUAUGAUAUUUAUCAUCAAGAUUUCACAACUGUAUCAGAAUGGGAAGUUUUUAUUGCGCGUGUAGAAGAAAUAUUAAAUGACUGGCGGUUGUCUAAAUCUACUGUACCUAAACCCGCAAAAGAGUACACAAAGAAAUGGAUAGGGAAAACCGAAGAGAUACUUUUUCAGGGCACAAAAUUCGUAUUAUCAUAUCACGCUCUCGAACCUGUGAAAAAUGUAGAAAUUCCUGAGGAAACUGAUGAUAAGUCCAUUAUAAGGGAAUUGCACAAUAGCCUAUGGGAUUCCACCACUUGUUUUAUGGAUGACGUCGAUGGUAGUCCUUUCCCAGUGUCUGCUUGGUACGGUUUGAGACGAUAUAUCAUGUUGUGUUCAAAUAUUCCUUUAGUUGAGGGUAAUUUAAUUAAAUUAAUAAUGAGUACUGUUAAUAUUGCAUUUGCUAAUGUAGAUUGUGGUGUGCCUCUGUUUGUUAAGAUAAGGGAACAUUGGCAGCACACAUACCUAGGUUUUUAUGAAGAUAGUGAACAUAAAGUCAGUUUUGACACAAUUCAUUUAAAAAGAAUAUCAAAUCAAUGCUCACAUUUAAGUGGCCUUGUAAGUUUAUUUAAAUCUAAAAUUUCUUCACCCGUGGCAUUAGAUGCUGUCCUUGUUUCUGCAAAGUUUUCUUAUGAACUUAAAGAUCUUGAUGCAUUUGUAUGGAAAAAAACUACAAAUUCAAAUGAGUUUUUAUCUAUAGAGGGUUUUGAUGUAAAGAAGCUUAUAGAACUGCCCUUUGGUUCAGAAAAAAAUCCAAUCCAUAGUGUGUCUUUAAAUGCCAUUUGGCCCAGAUUCCGUGAAAGUGCUAUGGUGGAAUCAUCUACAUUUUCUGAAAUAGAUGCUAUAAUGGCUCCCACCUGGACUAUUACUCUUAAAAUGAGAGAUAAUUUUAAUUGCCAAUUAUCUGAACUUAUUAAUAAAGUAAUGGAUUUAUUAGAUAAUAGUAAUUUACUAAUGGAUACAUUGGGGCUGAGCAAAAGUUUAGGCAUUAUAAACCCUUUGCAUAAAAUAACAGAAGCACCAAUAACUAUUUCUAAACUAGUGAAAGCUGCAAUUGGUCAAGGCCGAAAUAACAGAACAGACUUUAAAGGGCCCAUAGCAGAUGACUUACUGAUGCCUCUUUUGUAUUAUAUAUUUCCUGAUGCAGUAGAGGAUGAUGAAUUUAGUUAUCCUCAACAAUUGGAAGUGGAAUUCAAGCAGGCAGAUGGUGAACAGAGAUUGUGCAGUUACGUUAAGACAAGUCCAGAGGGCGGUCUAGUCUGGCGAUUGUCAGUCACAGCAGCGCGGCUCUACGAUGCUGGUGGUCUAACUUACCUCGCGCACCUGUGGUACGAGUUUGCUCAGGAAUUGCAGUACAGAUGGGAACAUCGUAUUCUUGUACCUGGGUAA